AUGACAGAGACUGUAAGCCUGAGCGACCUCCUCACCAACAUCGCCCCACCUGGCGGCGCAUGCGAGUUUUGCCUCGGGAAGCCCAGCGAGGCGGUGCCACUCCAGAGAUGUUCGUCUUGCAGAGCCAAGUUCUAUUGCUCCUCUAGAUGCCAGAAGAAAGACUGGAGGACGCACAAGAUGAACUGUUCGCCACUCACCUUGCCACUGGCCCCUACGAUACCGAAGAGGAGUCCGGACAUAAUUGCUGAGGUGAAGAAGGUGGCGGAUCUGCUACAGCGCAUCCGUGACGUGUGCAAGCUCGUCCUCGUCAUGGUCUCACUGGCACCCGCCUUAACGCAGAUUAUCGCCUACCCGACGCCUUCGAUUGGAAGUCAAGUCUCCUCAAUACGCAGCCGCCUCUCGAGCGUCUCGCUCACACACUCGCGCGAUUCCUCUGGAUCGAGACCGUUGCGAGCCUCCAGACGGACCUGA